GCAAUUCUUACCUAUACCUUAUAAAUACAACAGGUAGAGGAAUAUGAACACAGAAAUAAAAGAGUAAUUCACACAAGUUGCAGGUUUAUUAAUUACGCAAAGCAAAUGAGUGGCCAUGUAGGAGAUCUCAGUCUUAACCAGGCUGCAGCUCUGGCACAGUUUUGUGAGAGAAUUGAAGAUGUAUAUGCCCAGCUUCCUAAUCAAAGCGACCAUUACCUGCUUCGGUGGCUCAGAGCCAGAAGCUUCAAUGUCCUGAAGGCUGAAGCAAUGCUUAGAAAGCAUUUGGAAUUUCGCAAGCGUUUGAAAGUAGAUGCAAUCCUAGAAGACUGGAAGCCACCAGAGGUAAUCGAGCACUAUGUGUCUGGCGGGAUGUGCGGGUAUGAUCGAGAGGGAAGUCCAGUCUGGUAUGACAUUAUUGGCCCCCUUGAUCCAAAAGGCCUCCUCAUGUCUGCCACCAAGCAAGACUACAUCAAGACCAAAAUUAGAGACUGUGAGCUUCUACGGAGAGAGUGUUUAAGGCAGUCUGAGAAGCUUGGGAAAACAGUGGAGUCCAUCACUCUUAUCUACGAUUGUGAAGACCUUGGCCUUAAACAUAUCUGGAAGCCUGCAGUUGAAACAUAUGGAGAAAUUCUGACCAUGUUUGAGGAAAACUAUCCUGAGGGCCUUAAGAGGGUUCUUAUUAUUAAAGCUCCUAAAAUCUUUCCUAUUGCCUACAACUUGAUCAAGCCAUUCCUGUGUGAAGAAACUCGGCGAAAGAUUGUCAUCAUUGGCUCCAACUGGAAAGAAGUACUGCAGAAAUAUGUAGCACCAGACCAACUGCCUGUGGUCUAUGGAGGCACAUUGACAGAUCCAAAUGGGAACCCUUACUGUAAAACUAUGAUUAAGUAUGGUGGUGUAGUGCCAAAGUCCUACUACAUAAAAGAUUCUGUUGAUGUGCAGUAUGAAAAGUGCAUCACCAUCAGCCGUAGUUCUGACCACCAGCUGGAGUGUGAAGUCCUUGUCCCUAACUGCUUAUUAAGAUGGCAGUUUGCUAGUGAUGGUAGUGAUAUUGGUUUUGGCAUCUACAUGAAGACUAAAGCAGGAGUGAAACAGAAAAUCACAGAAAUGCAGGAGGUGUUGCCAACUACACGUUAUAAUGCACAUCUAGUGCCAGAGGAUGGAUCCUACACUUGUGAAGAACCAGGCAUCUAUGUGCUACGAUUUGAUAACACUUACAGUAUUCUUCAGUCAAAGAAGAUAAGCUUCACGGUGGAUGUUGUACUACCUGAAAUACUACCUCAGAACAUGGAAGAACAGGCAUGACUUGAGAGUAGUUCAUGUAGCCAAUAUGAGACAAGGUCACUGUCUAGUAAUGAUAUGUUAAAUGAAUUUGAAGUUCAAUAGUCACAUAUGCACAAUACACUGAAUGCAUUGCCAGUGUAGAGGAUAGGCUCUGGAUCCACUGUGACCCUGAUGAGGAUAAAACAGUUACUGAAGAUGAAAGAAUGAAUGAAUAUACCUGUACACAAACACAUGCACUUUGGGUUGUAUUCGGAGUUGGCAGUUAAGUCCAAAUGUUAAGUCCAUCAGUAUUUACGCAGGGAAAGUUGCUAAUAUUCAGAGACCAUUUAGGGAGCUCUUUAAGUACAUAUUUUGGGUGUGGCAUUCAAAUUAUGCAAAUCACUUGUGUGUAUGCCUCCAAGGCUGCCAGACUUUUCCUGAACAGAGGUGUCUGAGCUGGGGGAUGCAGGGGUUGGGAUGGAUUAGGGGGUGGCAGGGGGAUUUCAAUUGUGUCUAGACCCUUGCAUUUUAGGUUGUUGAGUUGAUGCCAGUGUUUUGAUUAAUUCAGUGUGCUCGCCCAUAAAGAAAGCAUGCCCAUGAUUUGAAGGAUAAGCUGACCUAGCAUUCAUACGCUAUGCUUACAUUUCAUUUUAAGAAAGUAUUGUUAGUAUUGUUGUUGUUAGUGUUGUAAAUAUGUUUUAUCCAUAAACAAUUUGGACCUCAAACAAUGUCUCAGAUCAAGAUGCCAUCUCCUCCAAUGUUUUCCAUGGAAAAAAAAAAGUUUUCAUGGACUUUAAAGGAAUGAUACUAUAAAUUAGUCUAUUAAUAAUUGUCUAUAACAUGAAUUUUAGCCUAACAGAUUGUGGUUACAUCAAACCUACAGACUGUGGUGCCAGACUUAACACUACUCCUUGAUUGAGCCAAUAUCUCAUAAGAGAAAAUCAUGUUUAACUGAGACACGCACUCCACCCUGUGUGCGUAACUCUCACAUAACUUGUGUGAAAAUCCAGUAUUAAAUCCUCACUACCUGUGCUUAACUCAACUCUGAAUAUGAUCCCUUAUGUGUCUACACACCAACACACAUUUCAGACAAUGGAUAGAAUGAUAUAAAUACAAUGGUUAUAAAUAUUCUACAUACCCCUGUUAAAAAUGCAGGUUUUUUGAUGUAAAAAAUGAAACCAUGAUAAAUCACGUCAGAUCUUUUUCCAACUUUAAUGUGAUAUAACAACCAAAAAAAUUAAAGUGAAAAACAAAUAGAAACUUUUUAGGGAAAAUAUGAAAAAGGAAAAACCAAUUCAAACUCAAGUUCAAAAGUAAAAAACAGGAAAAGUGAGAAAAAAAGAAAAGGAAAAACUUAUAACAUUAACCUAGUUGCACAAGUGGGCACACCCCAUAACUAAUACUUCGUUAAAUCACUGUUUGCUUGUAAUACAGUCUUUUUUGGGGUAAGAGUCUAUCAACUUAGCACAUCUUGAUUUGCCAACUGUAUUCCACUCUUUCUUGAAAAAAUGCUCCAGAUCUAUCAAACUGUGAGGGGAACUCCUGUGCACAGCCCUCUUCAAGUCGUUCCACAGGUUCUUGAUAGGAUUCAGAUCUGGACUGAGUGGGCCGUUCCAAAACACUGAUCUUCUUCUUCUGAAGCCACUCCUUUGCUGACAUGGAUUUGUGCUUUGUUAAUUUGCUGAAAGGUGAAAACUUUUCUUCAUCUUCAGCUGUCUAACAGAGACCUACAGGUUUUAUGCCAAAAAAUUGAUAUUUGUAGCUAUCCAUGAUUCCCUAUCUUGACUAGAGCUUAAGUCCCAGCUAAAGAGAAGGAGAACCCAUAGCAUGAUGCUGCCACCACCAUGUUUUCUUUGGCUGCAGGAGUCUUGUUUUUGCACCAAACACAUAUUUUAAAAUUAUGGCCAAAAAUAUCUGCCUUGGUCUAAUCAAAACAUUUUGUCGCAUUCUUUGGGGUGAUUUAGGCAGGCUCAGAUGUUUUUUUUUUUUCUUUUUCCCAUCUACCCAUCCUACCUCAAAGCACAGACAUGUGAAUAAUACAAGAGCUUGAAUUUUGUUUGUUGCUAUAUCACAUUAAUGGUGGAAAAUGACAUGAUUUAUCUUUUGACGUUUGUUUUGUACAUGACAAAAACCUGCAAUUUUAAAAGGAGUGUGUACACUUUUUAUAUCCAUUGUAGCAUAUACACUUAUGUUAUAGUUAAUACUUUGUUUUGGAUGAUUAGUAAUGUUAUCAUCAGUAUUAAAAGUAACACAAGUUUAUUUUUAUUUUUAACUAUAACUUUAUUAAGAUGUGAGUAAGAUGAAGGACAUUUGGGGUAUAGAUCAUAUGUUUUAGCCAAAAGAGUUGUAGAUAUUCUUGAGGAAAUUUGCUAUUGAUUAAAUGUCAUGAUAGUUCUAUCAAUAGGAGUUGGUUGAUACUGCUUAAAUGUAUAAUGCAACAUUUAUUCACUUUAAUUUUCAUAUAAAAUUAUUAUUAUUAUUAUUACUAUUAUUAUUAUUAUUAUUAUUAUUAUUAUAUAAGCACAUAUAAACCAAUGCUAAAUAGUGUAUUUUACAGCUAAAUGGUUUUGGUAAUCAUUAAUUUUGAAAAUUGUUAGAGUUAGAGGUAGAAUGGUAUAUUGUAGUUUGUAAUUAUGUGCUGAUUUGUAUUAAAAUAUUUACCCUGAUGA